AUGGCAGAGUAUUACCAAGGACCCAAUAACUCGGCCCAGCUUAAAGCUGUGACAAUUACUUUACCAAUUGUUGCAGCUUUUUUUGUUACGUGGAGAAUAUCAUGGCGAGCAAGGAAGAGAGUUAUUGUGAUUUCGGAUUAUUUAUUGGUUCUUGGCUUGUGUCUGAGCUUAUGCCUUGCUGGAUUCAAUCUGGACCCGUACUUCCGAUGGGGAUAUGGAUAUCACAAAGCCGACUUACCGCCCGAGAUUCAGAACGCUCUCACUCCAAAGAUUUGCUUCUGGCUUAAUCAAAUUUUCUUCAAGGCUACCGCAGGUGUUAUAAAGCUCUCGAUCUGUACUAUAUAUAUGAGCAUCUUCAAAGACCCCGUCUUGUUGCGAACGAGAGUCGCUCGAUACUGCAACUUUGUUCUCAUGUGUAUCAUCGCCGCCUAUUACACUUCAGGCAGCCUGGUAUCAACCUUCCAGUGCAAUCCCAUUCGCAAAGCGUGGCUCAAGGAUGUGGCCGGAGAGUGUAUUGACAACAACAAGUUCCGCGUGGUAAAUGCCUAUAUCAAUCUCAUCACCUCUGUUCUACUCGUUGUUUUGCCUUUUCCCGUUUUGCUGCAGACAAAUAGGCGUAAAGAGACAUGGCAGUUUCUCGGUCUUAUCGCCAUCGGUCUAUUACAUACGGCCUGUGCUUUAUCUCGAGUGGUUUUACUCUAUGUACCUAACCCAGGAGCCUCGAAGGAUCCCCAUUGUUCCAUUGCCUCGACUACACUAUCUGAGUCUACAACCAAGAUCAUCUCCGUGGUGUCCACCACAGUCGCGGAGACAACCACGGAAACCAGCGAGGCCGAGACUGAUACUACUACUACGCUGGCAACCAGCACUAUUGCCACAGCUGUAGUUGACACUACCACUGCCGAAGUUGAAACAUCCACUGUCCUAGUCGAAACUUCCACUGCAAGCAGUGAGGCUACUACCGCGGCCAGUGAGACAACCACAACAGCCGCAGAGGCAGGAACUAUGACCGCAGCGGAGCCUUUCUGUGCCCAAACCAGAGUCCUAGCGAAUCCCACACCGUUCCCAAAAUUUGAGUCGGAAGCGGAACUUGGCGCCGAUGAUGACUACGAUUCGGUCACGCUACCUUUCCCUGUCGGGAUAUUUGGUUAUUCUUCGUCCACUGUCUAUGUCAGUACGAAUGGAUUUUUGUUAUUAGACUCUGGUUCAUCCGCUUUUUAUAACCGCGAACUGCCAAGCACAAAUGCACCACUUGUUUCUAUCAUGCCCUACUGGACCGAUCUCUACGUUCCCAGUAAUGCUAUUUGCGGGACCGGUAUCACUUACGAAGUCCAUGAAACAUACAGAGGUCAGACGUUUACCGUCGAAUACUACGUGGGCAGUUACUCUGCAACGGCCUUCAGUGAGCACUUCACGGUCAGUCUCUACGAAAACUCUCCUGGGUUAGUUAGAUAUGUCUAUUACAAGACAUCUGGGCAUGGCGAAUCCGCGACUGUUGGUCUACAGAACGGGGACAGCUUCUCUCAAUUCUCUGACAGGUCCCCUGGCUCCAUCCCUGAUCAGUUCUUCAUCGAGAUUGAUACAAUCAGUGGAGAUGCCGUCACCACAAGCGGCCAGCUAUGA